UCCGUGACUCCACCUCACUCCGCUUCCACUUCAGACAAGUUCUCCAUUUGCCCAUCCCUCGGCAUACCACACCACACCUCACACCAUUUGUCAUCCUCCUUACACUUCGCACCCAAACCUCAUGCUCCUCCUUCUAUUCCUCCUCCUCCCACUCCCACUCCCACUCCCACAUCUCUUCCACCAACACCUCACCUUUCAUCUCCACCUACACCUCGCCUUCCUCAUGCUCAUGCUCAUGUCCAUGUUGGGGCGAAUUCUGCAAUGACACACACAAGUCUCCUCUCAGCCACUCCCAAUAUCACACGUGCAGCAUCCACACGCAAAUCCACCCCCUUCCCCCUCCCCAUCACCACUACCAACACCAUUGCCCAAACAACCCAGCACAACCAUCACCACCACCUCUACCAACUGCGCCAAGAGCACACCCAACACCAGCGCCACCAGUCUCGCUCACUUCGCCAAAUCCAACAACCACUUCAUCCUCCAAAAUCCUUUACUCCACUCAUAACUUCAACUCCUCGACGUCCGAUUCCACCUACUACUCCACGACUACAACAAUAACAACAACCGUAGCCAUAACCACACCUUCCUCUCUCUUCUCACCACCCUCACCACCCACACCACACCACACCAUAUCCCACACAUCACAAUUCCAUUUUCAAAAUCAGAAUGUAAAAUAA